AUGGCAGCAGCUGCAUGUGACCAAACCUGUGGGUACCCUGACAAUGGACUUCCAGGCCACAAUGGGCAGCAGGUGCUCCUUGGGUGGUCUGUGGAUGUGUACACCAMAAGAGUUCCACCUGGUACAGAAUCUGAAAUAACUGUCACAGCAACAACCGAUCUGAGAUUUGCUGUAAAGCACCAAACGACCCCAAAUGUGCCUGCGUUUUGGACAAUGUUAGCUAGAGCUAUAAAUGGAACAACAGAGGUCAUGGAUGAUAGAGAUCAAUUAUUUCAACCAAUUCCAGGUUUGGAUGUGAACACUACAGAGGAAGACACACAAUCACUGCUAGAUGAUCUCAAGCUCAAAAUAAUGCUGGGCAUCUCAUUGAUGACCCUUGUCCUUUUUGUCACUCUGUUGGCAUUCUGUAGUGCCACACUGUACAAACUGAAGCAGCUAAGCUACAAUAGUCAGUACAAUCAAUACUCCACCAACCAACAGAUGACAAACACAUCUUACUCACCACGAUCAGACGAUAUAUCAGAUACAUCUUAUUCUGGGGGCAGCAGCACAUAUUGGCCUACCACAUCCUCAGAUGCGAGAAGAUCAGGCUCAAGAAUGUCAAAAUAUAGAAACAUGACAGAUUGGACUUCCACAGGCUCAGAUGAGACAUUCUUAAAUGAGUCAGAUAUUCCCAUGAGCGAGGAACCUAGUGAUGACUAG